GGGCGGGAGGCCGGGGGCCCCCGGGCAGCCUUGGCCGCGGGGGAAGCGCGGAGCUAGGGGGCUGGGCUCUACGUUCCAGCGCCCCGAUCUCCGAGAUUCUGGCUCGAAGGGUGCCUGCCUGUAGCGCCCCGUCCGUGACUACCUGGGACCAGCCGUGAGUCCCGCGUACCCGAGCGAUGUGCCGUAUUGCCUGUUGUGCGCGCAGGCCGGGCAGCCCACUUCGGGAAGGCACCCCAGCGCGGCUGUUCGGUAGACCCGCCAGUUCCUAGUGUGGGAAACCCUGAAGGGGGCCUUGGGGACACAGGAGUCCCGGGUGCGGCCUGCAGAAUUUUGGUUUCUGGAGGAACUUAACACCACCAGGUCUCCCAGUGGACUUUCUACAGCUAUGAAACCUACAUUGUGGGGCACCACAAUGCUUCCAUUGGCCGUAUGAUGAGGAGGCGAAGUUGGCUUUCAAGUGCUGGGAGCCUGAGAAGUUGCUGAGCACCCAGCACCCCCAGCCCACCCACUGGCCCGCCCACAACACAAUGAACAAACUGACCUUCCAUAACAACAAAGUCAUGCAGGACCGCCGCAGAGUGUGUAUUUUCCUCCCCAAUGACAAGUCCGUGAGCAUCAUCAUAAAUGUUAAAAUUCUGUGUCACCAGUUGCUGGUCCAGGUGUGUGACCUGCUCAGGUUAAAGGACAGUCACCUCUUUGGUCUCAGUGUUAUACAAAAUAAUGAACAUGUAUAUAUGGAGUUGUCACAAAAGCUUUAUAAGUAUUGUCCGAAAGAAUGGAAAAAGGAGGCCAGCAAGGUACGGCAAUACGAAGUCACUUGGGGCAUCGACCAGUUUGGGCCCCCCAUGAUCAUCCACUUCCGGGUGCAGUACUACGUGGAGAAUGGGAAGCUGAUCAGUGACCGAAUUGCAAGAUACUAUUAUUACUGGCACCUAAGGAAACAGGUGCUGCACUCGCAGUGUGUGCUCAGAGAGGAGGCCUACUUCCUGCUGGCAGCCUUUGCCCUGCAAGCUGACCUCGGCAACUUCAAAAGGAAAGUGCAUCACGGAGACUACUUUGAGCCGGAGGCUUACUUCCCGGCAUGGGUUGUUUCCAAGAGGGGGAAGGACUACAUCCUGAAGCACAUUCCAAACAUGCACAAGGACCAGUUUGCCUUGACGGCCUCCGAGGCCUACCUGAAGUACAUCAAAGAGGCCGUCCGACUGGACGACGUCGCCAUCCAUUACUACAGACUGUACAAGGAUAAGAGGGAGGUUGAAGGCUCACUGACCCUGGGACUGACUAUGCGAGGAAUACAGAUUUUCCAGAAUCUAGAAGAAGAGAAACAAUUGCUCUAUGAUUUCCCCUGGACAAAUGUUGGGAAGUUGGUGUUUGUGGGCAAGAAGUUUGAGAUUUUGCCAGAUGGCCUUCCCUCCGCCAGGAAGCUGGUCUACUACACAGGGUGUCCCACGCGCUCUCGGCAUCUUCUACAGCUCCUGAGCAACAGCCACCGCCUCUACAUGAACCUGCAGCCCGUCCUUCGCCACCUCCGCAAGCAGGAGGAGAAUGAAGAGAAAAAGCAGUACCGGGAAUCCUACAUCAGCGACAACCUGGACCUUGACAUGGACCCGCUGGAAAAGCGGUCCCGAGCCAGUGGGAGCAGCGCUGGCAGCGUGAAGCACAAGCGCCUGUCCCGCCACUCCACAGCCAGCCACAGCAGCUCCCACACCUCGGGCAUCGAGGCAGACACCAAGCCCCGGGACCCAGGGCCAGAAGACAGCUGUUCAGGCAGUGCCAUGCACCGGAAGCUGAAGACCUGCAGCUCCAUGACCAGCCACGGCAGCUCCCACACCUCAGGGGUUGAGAGUGGAGGCAAAGACCGCCUGGAAGAGGACUCGCAAGAUGAUGAAAUAGAGAUGCUGGUCGAUGACCCCAGGGACCUGGAGCGGAUGACUGAAGAGUCACUGGAAGUCAGUCCAGAGAUGUGUAUCUACAUCACAGAAGAUAUGCUCCUGUCAAGGAAGCUGAACGGACACUCAGGGUUAAUUGUGAAAGAAAUCAGUUCCUCCACCUCCAGCUCUUCAGAAACGGUUGUCAAGCUGCGUGGUCAAAGCACCGACUCUCUUCCACAGACGAUAUGUCGAAAACCAAAGACUUCCACGGAUCGCCAUAGCCUGAGCCUUGACGACAUCAGACUGUACCAGAAAGACUUCCUGCGCAUUGCUGGCCUGUGUCAGGACACUGCUCAGAGCUACACAUUCGGGUGUGGCCAUGAACUGGAUGAGAGCGGUCUCUACUGCAAGGGCUGCCUGGCUCAGCAGUGCGUCAACAUAGAGGACGCGUUUCCAGUGAAAAGAGCCAGCAAGUACUUCUCUCUGGACCUCACUCACGACGAAGUCCCAGAGUUUGUCGUCUAAGUCGCCCCUGCGGGCAGCCCUGCGGGCAGCCGCUGUCUGCCAGAGGCUGUGGAGUCUGAGGGUCUUUACCCAUUAUUUGUGCCAUAACUUUUUCACCCCAAACUUAGCUCUUUCUUUAUAGUAUUCAAGAUGGAAACAAAAGCCUUGGGACAGUUGCACUUUAAGUAUUAUGCAGCGGUAAAAGAAACACAGAAUGUAAGAGGAAGACAAGUGCCCAGAUGUUUAUUGCCCAGAUGUUGUUUAUUGCUCCUUUGGAAGGAAGUGUACUUCCGGCUUUACCCAGCUCUCAGACUGUUAGACUGCAGUGUGUGUGUUCAUCUCUUGUGUUCCGGUUCAAAUUUAUGUUUAUCACGUGAAAGACGUUCUAGGCUUAUCUGUUUGCUUCUGAGUUUUUUAGCCACUUCCUCAUGAGGCACGGUUUGAGGGGGAGGACAGAGGGGAGUGCUCUCUUCUUUUAUGGAGAGCCAUUCUUAGUAUAUAGCCAUUGUUGCCUCACAGAGGUUGGUCCGAAAUGAACACUGAAGUUGGAGGGAGUCUGAUGUUCUAGCCAAAGAUGCGUAUGUGAUGGAAGCCACACUCAGAGUCCAGAAGCAUGUGCUGGGACACUGGGCUCCUUCACGAAUGGACAGUGCUCUGUCCGCUGUUUUGUUCUUCCAUGAACUUCCCAGGAAGCUCUGGGAUUCGCCUGUGCUUGUGACAUGGUACAUGUUGCAGUUUACAAAGCUGGUGUAUGUUAACCAAUGGGAAUGUCUCAGAAGGCAUUUGUUUGGUUGUAUUUCCUUUGUUGGUUUUUAAUGGUGGCCAACAGAUGGUGAUGCUAGUUUCUGCUUUAGCAAGAUACCCUAACUGUAUGUAUAUGUUAUACGUAUCUAGAUACGUGGGACUCUGUGUGUUUAUGUGUUUGAAGCUUAGAGGCUCUUCAUUUGGACUUCAGUAUAUGUCUUGCACACAUAGACUUUCUUGUUUAAUGUCGAGGAUGCUUAGACACAGACAAUCAGUUGAUAAAUGUAGAGUUAAGAGUGACUUUUCCAUGUGUGCCUUUGGCCAAGAUUCUCAACCCUGAUUGCAUAAUAGACUUGUCCAGAGAGCUUUUAAAACAUGCCUGGGUCCCACCCCAGGCCAGUUUAAACCAGUCUCCUGUGUCUGGGAGAUUGAUUUAAAGUAUACCAGGUCGGAGACAGUAAUGCACAGUAGGAUUGGAGAUCCAAGAGUGUUUUUCUAUUCAUUUUGAAGUAAAAGUAUACAGAAGAUAUUAGUGAUGGAGAAUGGGCCAUUUUUAAGACAGGGCCUGCUGCUGUUACAGUGUAUAGUGAAACCAAGCCAGGAGAAUGAGUUUGAUCAACUUGAUAUACAUUGAAGACGUUGCUCGCCCUUCAGGAGAGAACUUCAUAGCACAAUGUCUUUCUAGGAGAUGUUUUUAAUGAUUUAGUAUUUUACAACAUUUGUUUACCAUAUUUUGAUACUCCAUUUUUGCUAUCUGCCAGGUUUUAUUAAAAAGAAGACUAUGUAUUAUUUUCUAAAGAAACUCAUAUUUUUGUACAAACUUAUGUUUCCAAGUAAGGAAGAAAUAGAUUUAGGGUCAGGCAGAACAUAGCAGUGUUUCCCCCUGGCUAGGUCAGUGUUCCAGAGCCCGUGGUGGCCACAGGCAUGCCUGGUCACCAUGCUGCCCUCCUGUGCCUGCACGGCCUCAGCGGGGUCACAUCCAGUAACUCUCACCUGACACUUUAAAGAAGGAAAAAGAAGUUCUGUGCUCACGACUUUAUUUUGCUUUUGUCGAAUGCUUUUAGAAGAACCAAAGUUUCAGAUGCCAGAAUGUAUAAGUCUCUCAGUGGCCUCAGAUAGGCGAAGGGCGGAGGGGUCAGUCACCUGAUGGCUUCUUUUGCUUCGAAGUCAUUACACAGUGUCAUCAUUGCUCACAGAUGCCUGGGGGCCACACCCUGGUGAAGUGCACGCUCUCCAGAGCCCAGAUUGCGGUGCGGUGCGUCCCCACCGCCCCCGGCGUCUCUGGCAGAUACAAAAAUGCAAAGGUUGCUUUCUUGGACAUGUGCUUUAUACCGUUUUUCUCUCUGCUCCAGAAUCCAGUCUUCAGGGUUCUGCCCAGGCUGCCGCUCGUCAUUUGCCCUCCUCCAGGCAGACUUGGAAAUAGUCUUGAAGGGUUUUCAAAGCCAAAAUCAGCCAGGGGACAGUUUCUCGUUUCUGACCCACGGGAGGAUCAUAGACAUGUAUGUAUGUGGAAAUCCACUCUGAAGAAUUGACAUUUUUGUAUUGGGAAAUCGUUUUCAAAAGUAAAAGGAGGAAAGUAUAAAGCUGUCACUCGACGCUGCACUUGUUAGAGUGUCCGUUGCUGGCAAAUGCACCAGUUCAGUCUGUCACCUCCCUGCGUCAUCUGCAUCUGUAUUUGCGACGGUGAGCUUUGUAUCUAAGUAAGCUGUAAACAGUCCUUUCUGUGAAAGGAUCAUCACGUCGGGAUGAUACUGAAAGUAUGUUUAAAAAAAAAAAAAAGCUGCGGCGUUAUUUUGUAAUUAUUUCUUAGAGGUGUUUCAUGGUAUGCGCGACCGUCAAUAAAGUUAACUUUUUUGCCUUUAA